GGCAUAACAUAAUUUCGGCGUCACUUUUUCUUAAUAAUUUCUAGCGGACACUCGAAUCACCGCCAGAAAUGCCGGUAAAGUCAGUGCUAAUUGAAUUUCGUCCAAAUCUGUGCUGCGGCCAGAUAUGCCUGCAAUUCGAUGAGCCCAUACGCAAUUGCAAAAAUACACGCCUUAUCAUCAAUAAUGGCGACAUGUUUUUCUUGGAGAACGGCAACAGUGAAUUCGUCUUGCGACAUGACAGCUGGGACAUGGACAUUACGCAGCUGUCGCUUUUCAAUGCGAGCGGCUGUCAUAUCACCUUUCGCUUCAAUUACACCAAAAUCGAUCUUAUCAAGCUCUUUAAGAUAGGCAGCGGGCCGAAGGUGUCACACUUGAUGCCGUUGGAACUGAGCUUUGUGGAGAAGAAGGAUCACUUGACGCUGCACUGCAACAAGUGUCUGUAUGAACUGGCGCCCGGCUGCAAUUACAAUCGCCUGAGGGAAUUACCCAGCGGCCUGUUCGAUGCAAGUGAAUUCUUCUGCCACAGUCACGGCACAUCUGGCCAAGAACAGCCAACGUCCAGUGUGCUGGUGCCCAGAGCCACCCAAAUAUACUAUGGCCUCAAUUACAUUGUGCUCAACAUGUGUGUGGUGCAGAAUCGCAUCAGCAACAUCUCUGGAAAUCUGUACUGCAAGCGGUGCAUGCGGAUGCUCGGUUCCAGCAUUGAAUCGGGCGCUGCUGCUAAGCUGUGGGCAGAUGCACUGCGUUGGCUACCGUUGUCAUCCCUCAAUGCGAAUGGGAAUGACCGUGCGAGUGCGUUGACCCGCCUGCUGUUCAAGCAUGCGACCGUGACACACUUGAUGAUCCGUCUGUUAAGCAGUCUGUGGCCGCUUGCAGGGACACAAUUCAGUCCACAUGGCAAACGCGCUAUACUUACCACCACAAUGCCGGAUGGCCAUGAUCACUAUAUGCUCAUCCAAGUGCGCGAAACACAGUUGGCCAUACUGCGCCGCAUUCCAAAUGAUGAGUAUUUAGAUAAGGGCUGCUUCCAUCGCGCUUGCAAGCUAUACUUUCGUGACUACGGCAGCUGUCACUUUGAUCGACAGUGGCUGGAGCAAUGGAUGCAGCAACAGGAGCAGCAGCAACAAUACGUACCCAAGCUGUCCAUAUCGCCGUACCUAUACGCGGAGCUGCUGAAGCGUUUCGAUGACAAUAUGUCCCUAAUACCCAAACGCUUGCGGUACAAUAACUUCGAGGAGAAGCUGCAGUUCACCUACUUCUUCUACGAGAGCGACGAACAGGAGCUGCUGCAUCGCCAGCAGCAGCACCAGCCGUGUUCAAUGAAGCCAAUGCCACAACCAAAGCUAGGAGAGUAUGAGACUGAUGCGGGUCUGGUUGCCAGCUUGGAUGAAGAGGAUGCGGAUAAUGAAAGCGAUGAUGAGCACUCAGAUAGCGAGCUGGGGUCGAUGUUGCUGCACAAAUCCGCACCGAUUAUGGUCUAUGAGAAGAAUCUCGCCAAGCGCUGGCCGCACCAGAAGUAACACCAGCCCAGCAGUCAGGCGCUGGAGCCAACUGAUCGGCCAGAUCCAUCACAAUCUGAAUAAUUGUUUUUUUUUAUUUGUUUGAUGAUUCGAGAAAUGUUUGUUUUUGUGUUUUAUAUGGAAUAUGCUAAUUUUAUAUUUUAUUUUUUGAUGAUUUUAUUUUAUUUGAUUUUAUGAUUUUAACUUGGUUAAUAUUUAGCAACAAGUAUUAAGUGUAAGACAUACAUAUAUACAUAAUCACAUCUAUUCAUUAUAUAUAUUAUGAACUUAACGCAAAGACGAACUUUGCAACUUUUGUGAUUGAAAAUUUCGACUUAUGUUUAACGUUUAUUUAUGUGACUCAGGGCAACGCACGUGUUCACAUUUAUGUGCCUUGGAGCAGAACGAAUAAAGAUUAUUAUUAUUUUAUUAA